CCCGGAGAAGAAACGGGAAUGGUUGUGGCCCGAUCAUUGGCCAGAACCAUAUAUAUACGUCCAAUGUUUCCACUCGAACCCCUUUUGAUGGUGCACCAGCUCACGGGACUCAGACGUAUCAAACAAACAAACAAACAAAAAGAACGCAGAGAUGAGUGAUAUUCGACAUGCAUUGCUGCGGCGUGAUCCGCUGAGCGCAGCUAAAGAGGUUCUGUAUCAUCUGGACAUCUCACUGGGCAGCGCUCUGCAGAGCUCCUCGGGCCCCACGCCUGGAUUAGAGAAGAGCACGGUGGACCUCGUGGAGGAGUUCAUCUUUCACAUCCCUAAAGACAGGAACAUCCAGCCUAAGAGGAUGAGCUGCGUUCAAGAACUGCAACUGCUGGAGAUCAUGUGCAGUUACUUCCAGGAGCAGAGCAAAGACUCUAUCCGACAGAUCAUUUUCUCCGCUCUCUUCAGUCUCCAAGGCAACAAGGCUGACGAGAGCCGCAUGGCCAUGCUGGGGAAGCUGGUUUCUAUGGCGAUAGCCGUGUGUCGGGUGCCCAUACUGGAGUGUGCAUCCACCUGGCUACAGCGCACACACUCUGCGUGGUGUGUGCGUCUGGCUCAGGUGCUGAUGGAUGAUUAUUGCACACUGGUGCCGUGUGCCAUCUCUACCCUGCAGAACAUCUGUUCAGCCAGCCCUCGCUUUUGCUGCCAGCUCAUCACUGCAGUAACGGCACUCUAUGACUUCUCCUCAGAUGAGUUGACUCCGCCCCCUGCACUUUUGGAGAUGCUGGUUGGUUGGAUCACGGAGGAUCCCAGACUUCUGCUCCUCACCUUCAUCAACACACCCCUCAAUUCCAGCCUGCCGUUGGGUUGCCUCGAGAUCACGCCUCUUCUGGGUCUGCUCCGCUGGUGUGUGAAAGCUCCAUUAGCCUAUCAGAAAGGCGGGAAGUUGGCUUUGACCAAUGGCCAUGGAGAAAAUGAGAAAGGAACAGCAUAUGAAGAGCUGUACUCUAAACUGCACCUCAGUGUUCUUCAAGUCUUUCUCAUGCUGCAGGUCCACCUGACAGAACAGAAUUUGAUUGGCCGGCUAGCCGUGCUUCCUGUGGAGUCUGUUGCCACGCUAGUAGAGGAAGUCAGCCGGCUCUGUGAGAAGCUCACGCCCCUUUUAGCUGCCAAUCAUAUCCAGCUGGCUCUGGAUAGGCUGGCACAAGCUCUUCAGGUCGCCAUGGCAACAGGAGCCCUUCUGUGUGCCAGAGAGGAUCUACGGACUUUGUGCUCCAGACUUCCUCACAACAAUCUGUUGCAGCUUGUGAUGUCCGGUCCAGUGGUGCAGCCUCCACCUCACAGCGGAGCCUUCCAGCCCAACAUGUACCCACACAUUCACUCGGGUCGGCCCUCCCCGCUUUCUCCCCACAGCCCACACCAGUCAACCCUCCCCUCACAGCACAUCCCACACCCCGUACUCUCAGCGCACCCCACACAUCCAGUGCUCUCCCCACAUCGGCCAAUUACAGCCCACGCCACACACCCUUCUCUCUCCCCUCACGCCUUUCAUCCAGCUGCCAUGACCUUCCCGUACCGGCCUAUCCGUUAACCAGCAAAUCAGGACUUUUGGACUACUCUUCCUUCUAUUUAGAUCUUGUUUUAUAUUGGAUUAUCUUGAAAUGUUCUUGUAGUCACAUGGUCUUGCGUAUCAAACAUUGUAUUUCAGGUUUGAUAUUGACUUUAAAAAGCACUUGUACAGGUCGAUUGAAAUGAAAAAUGUUAUUUCAACCCAAAAAACAAAAAGGUCAUAGCAACAAAUAUAUUUUUGGAAAAGUGUCAUUUAUGGUUAAGUAGCAAAUUAAACACAUUUUAUACUUGUAC